AUGGUGGUUAAAGAAUGUCGUACCUCCAUGCUUGUUAAUGACAUGGACAUUUCUCAUAUCAUGGCUCAUGAUCAACAUAUCGAAGAAGAGAAACUUAAGGAAAAGUCUAGGGAGACAAAGAGGGCAAAAACAUGUUAUGGUGAUUUUUCUCAUACAAGGUCCGAUGGAUAUGGUCGUCCUAGAUUUCGACAAAGGUUUUUCGAUGAAGUUUCCUCCAAUGUUCUUUCUAGGUUCAACAAAGAGAGGGUGUCUAACCCUAAGCAUCAAGUAGGAAAUGGCAGUGGGUCCUUAUUGCCUACUUUUGUUAAGUAUGGAAGAAAGCAUGAGAGUAAAUGUCUAGCAGGUUCCAAUGCUUGUUUUGGUUGUGGUAAGAUGGACCACAAGGUAAGAGAUUGUCCUUCCGUUGCUAAGAAUGAAGGAGAUAAUCACCGAAAGGCUCAACAUAAUCAUUCAUCCGGUCCAAGUGGUUCAGGUCCAAAUUCUCCAAAGCAAAACAUAUUAUAUGCACUUCAGACUCGUGGUGAGCAAGAAGGUUCUCCCGAUGUGGUUAUCGACUGUAGAACUCGUGUAGUAAAAUUUCAGUUCCCGAAUAAGCCUGUCCCAUAA